AUGGAUGUGGUUUUGCUGCAGAACCGUUGCGCGACCAACCCUCACCCGAUUGGACGGCCGAUUGGACGGCCGAUUGGACCCCUGCGGCACUUGGCGGUGAUCUCCUCGUCUCGAUUGGAUGAGUUCAUGCAAGCAGAACUGAGCAUCUUCGCGAAACAGAGGCCACCGCAACCCUUGAGUUUCUUGGAUGUGAUCAAAGCCUCCAGUUGUUUGGAGGGCCUAGCGCAGCUGGUGCACGAGGAGCUUCCGGUGCGCUUUGCUCGACGUCUCAAGCACAUCGAACGAGUGGAACGCUGGGAUCGCAUUCCAGAGCUCAUGGAUCUCCAUACCAUGCACGUGGAAUCCUUCAAACAGCUGCGCCUGUCGGAUCCUUCGAAGCCCUCUGCCUAUGCAGAGGCGAUUCUGGAGAUCCGACAACGUCACAAGCGCCUGCCGCGGCUCUUCGCUGAGGCCGUGAAACGCAUCGCCUCGAUCAACGAAUCAGUGGAUCAGACGGAGGAGGAACCCAGUACCAACUUGGAGCUCUGGGCUGAGACGUUCCUCCGCUCGCGCGUCUCGACCGAGCUGCUCAUGUCCCACUUCGAGGCCUGUGCGAAGCAGAGCUCCACGGAGACCAAAGUGGGAAUCAUCGACAUGAAGUGCGACCCAUGGCAGAUUUGUCUUUCGGCCGUGCUGGCGACGCAGGACGGGCCCUAUGCUUGUCAUAUCGAGACGGAGGGCCCGUCAGAGAAAGUGGAGUUUUGCCACGUGCCGAGAUAUUUGUUUUACAUUAUGGAAGAGCUUCUCUCGAACAGUGCACGUGCAGCAGCUGAGAAAGCUCGCGCAGCUGGAACAGAGCCGCAUCCGAUCCGAGUUUCUCUUUGUGCAGAUGACAGCCAGGUUGUGAUCCGCAUUAGUGACCGUGCCGGUGGCAUGCACUCCAAAUGCGCCAGCCAGGUUUGGUCCUACCUCUUUACCACUUCACCGGUGCUCGCGACCUUGGCCCACCGCGUCGAGGAAGCGCCCUGGGGUGUGGAUGGACAUGGGGAGAGCCCCAUGGCAGGGCGUGGCAUAGGCCUGCCCCUUUGCCGUCUUUACGCGAUGUAUUUGGGCGCAUCCCUGCACCUCAUGAUGCUCGGUCCACCGUGGAAGGAGGUUCUGCAGGGGCUGCUUUGCGCACAACCAGCCGAUGCAGAGGUGGAGGAUCGCGAUUUGGAAGAUCGCACCCCUCUGAUGUGGGCCGCGCGGCAUGGGCACCUGAGCGUGGUAAAGCUCCUGCUCCGGCGAUGUCCGGAUUUGACGCAUCGCGACAAGGAAGGCCUCGCCGCGCUCGACCAUUGCCGCGAGCACCUGGAGAUGCGCGCGGCGGUGGUUCUGGCGGGGGCGGCCCGAGUUUUCGGGCACAGGAACAGUGCCAGCGCCUGGCCGAUGGCGCACAGCGGAACGAUCUUCCGGCUCGGAGACGCCGGCGGCUGGACGCCGCUCACCUGGGCGGUGCUGCAUAACUCGGCGGACAUGGCCCACGUGUUGGUGCGCCCCUUCGAUGCACAGAGCACGAAGUUCCUCGCGCGGCAACGCUGGAGGAGAGCGGAGCGGCGCUCCGCGCGAAACGGUUACGGAGCCUACCCGGAGCUCAUAGGAGAGAACUCUGAGCUCGGACAGCAGUUGUCUCGAAGAGGGCGGCAAGUUGGUGGCUUGGCAGAGGGUGCACGUUUGGCCUCUGUCUUGGGUGCGAACACGCGGUUGUUGGAUGCAGCACAGGCCUCCAACUUCACAGAUGCUCAAGAAGCCUUGGAGCAAGGAGCUUGUCCCAAUGCCAAGCAGGUCGUCCCGGACGGCGGACGCUCCCGGCUCGCCGAGGACGAGAUCCUGGCGGGCGCCGAAGAGGCGGUGCGCUGCGGUGCCGAGACGGCCACUAUGUGGGCGGCACGCCAUGGGAAUGCCGACUUGGCACCUCGGAGACCAAGGGACACGGUGGGCUGUGAGGAUGAAAGGGACGCGCGUGGAUGGACGGCGGUGCUGUGGGGCUCGCUCACCGGCGAUGCCGGGAGCCCCCGGCGUCGGUGCCGGGAGCGGUGCGAAGAGGUUGAGAGCGUCCAUUUGGACCGGAUUUGUGGCCUUACCUUAAAGGCGGCCACGGGACGACCGAAGCUGGAUCAAGGACGGCCACGAACUGAAGAUCCAGUCAUCGACCCUUUGGGCGUGAAAAGCUUCCGCUGCUAUCGAUGUGAGACCGACAGGCAUCACGGAAAGUCCUUUUCAGAUCACUUAGGAUUGGAACAUCGAGAAACGUGGUCUGGUCAGAAUCGAGUCGUCGAGGCAGAGCUUCACCAGAAGAGCUGGGAGGGCGAUUCAGCCGUGCUUCUACUGGCCGCCAAGGCAGAUGUGGAGGACAAGCUCGGGCGGCUGCCGAUGUUUAUUGCUGCCUGUGGCACCUCUCCAAAAGCCUGUGAGGUCCUUUGUGCCGGAGCGCUGGAGGCCGUGCGGACGGGUCACGCGGAGGACGGACGGGCGUUGCCGCAGUUACCGGUGGAGCUACCAGAACCUGAGGAGGCGAAGGCAAAGGCCGGAUCAGCCCCAGAUGCGUGCCGUUGUCCGAGAAAGACCAGGAGCUCCGUCACAUCGGGCGGCGUGUUCAUGAUGGACCCAGAGGACUCAGAGAGGAAACACGGACGUGUCGCUCCGCCGAGCAGGAGCAACCAGCGGCCCAAGACCCUCCUGAACCCCUUGGGGCCCCUCCGCCGUGUCAUCUCGGAGAAGCUCCCACGACAACGCCGGGGGGGCGCAGAGGGGCGCGAUCCGAGCCUCUGCCAGGUCCGGCUCCCGCCGCUCCAGCGAGGCGCCACCGACUUGGCGAAGAAACGCUUCGCAGCGCAGCGCACGGGGUCACGACGGAAGUCCCGGGAGGCCGGGGAAGGUCACCUCGCGCGACUCGCGCAGACCGUCGCAGUCGAAGGCGCCGACCGAAGACCUCGCGCAGUCGUGGCUGCGAAGGUCCACCGAUCAGACACUGACGAUCCGGACUGCGCAGCGGCGCGGAGCGCCAUGGCGGAGCGCUUGACGCGCUUCCGCGCCAGCGUGACGUUGUCCGAUGGCUUCUCCAAGGAGAUACCCACAUCCAAGGAUGAGGCGAUGGGCGUUGGCUGCUACUUCUGGCCGCUCAACGACGGCUUCGGAAGAUGUGAGGGAUCUCAGGAGAGCGACCCGUCGAAGCCGACGAAAGGUCCAGGAGUGCAACGGCUCCUCGUGAGGUGCUCAGAGAGUGAGCAACACGGAGAUGACGUGGUGGAGGACGCCAACUCGAAGGGAGAGACUCCGCUUCACGUGGCGGUGGAUGCUGGGCAGUCCUUAGGUCACUUCAAGGUGCUCAGUAAGCUGGUGGAUUUGCAGGCGGAUGUGCAGCGGAUGUGUGGAUGCACGCAAACUUUGGACAACUUCUGGAAACUUUUGAAAAAGUCCAUGCCCAAGUCUUUACAUGCUCGUGAGAUGGAAGUGGAUGCCAGGGUAGUGUCGCAACGGCUGUGGAGCUACGCCUACAGCUUUCAGCUUCGAUUCGCUGGAACGCACAGGGCUUUCGUGACGGAAAGAAACGCUCGCCGCUAUGUGAUUGUGCUAGGUGCCAGUCACAUGGAUCUCAUCUCUCAACUCACGGAAGCUGGCCGAGAGGCAAUUAUGAGCGGCUCCAAAGGAUCGCCGAAGUCAACUCUCACGGACCUGGAGAAAGCUGCAGCCACAGCCAAGGCCCACUAUGAAGAGCUGGUGUACCAAGAUCUCAAAGGGCGCAUCGUCGUUCGCGGCGAAAAGGAAGAGCGCGAUGAGCGCUAUCGCUUGUGGCAAGAGGCUGAGGCGAUUGACACAGAAGAUCUAGCGAAAGAUGAAGAAUUCGCCAAGCUGCCAGGUGAGAUGUCGAGUUCGGCAGAUUCCGAUGGAUUAGCCAAGAGCAAAACCUCCCAUUUGAGGGGACGCAAGGAGCUCAAGGGCUACGAGACUCGCGAGUUCGACGAAGAGGGAGCAAACCAUGGGGCCAAUUGCAACGCCCGGGACCGGCAUGGGGAGACGCCUUUGAUGCGCGCGGCGGCGGCCAACUACUCGGAGGCCGUGGAGAAGAUGUUGCGAGAGCCUUCCACCCAGGCAGCCCACUUGGCUGCGGACCACCCGAGCCUCCGCGCGACACUGGAACGCGCGGGCGCUCGGGGUUUCUUGCACUUCCAGCGCAACCAGUCUGUCCAGUUAGCCGGUCGGGGUGCGCGCGAGAGGAUGGAGAAGCUUCCGACGAAGAUGACGCCAGAGGUAACCUUGACCUGUCAGACAGUCGAGUGGUCUGAGACCAUUGACUUGGAGCGAAAGAUCACGUUGCUGCUGAAGAAAGUCGUUGUCAAGCCCGUCCACAUGGAGGCACCGCCCGGGGGGUCCGACCGGGUGGUGACACGUGGCGCGCUGACGACGGUGACUCGUCGCUAUGCUGAAAAGGUGGUGAUGGAUCCCAUUCUGGGUCGACCCCGUGGGCAUUGCUUCAUCGACUUCUUAGACUCCAGGUCCUCUGAGAAAGCCCUGGAAUUGGAUGGAUCCGAUCUGCUCGGGCUCUUCCUGCAAGGGAAGCAGUCCUUCUCUGUGAGUCGGUACCGAUCCUUCACCCAUAUGGUGAGUGAAGCCGAGUGCCGCGAGUCCAAGGCCCAACGCUUAAAAGCGUGGCUGAACACCGCUCGAUGUCGCCUCAGUGAAGAGGCCUACAAGCGCUUCCGUGCCACUCUUCCAACCCUCCGACAAUGCGAGGAGGCACAGCCGGUCCUUGAGAAGCUUGCAGAGCUGUUGGAUGGAGCCGACUUCCCGGAAGGUGAAGAUGCUCGACAAGCCUUCCACACAGGCUUUGCUGAGAGUCUUCCUCCACAUCUUAGACCGAAGCAGCAGCCCCCAGUUGCAGAUGUCACCGUCAUGGACCUCUUGAGGAAAGCCAAAGGCAAACGGGGUCGCUUCGAACAGAACGGACUCGGCGGGGAGGCAUUGGGUCGAGGCAUUUGGGGCUGGGCAUCGGUCGAGCUGUGGGGCGUGACGACGGAGGGAGCUGUGACGCCGGGUCUGAGGUGGAAGCUCCUGCAGGUGCAAAGGGCCCACGCCGCCCAAGGCACCGACACAGAGGGACUUUGGACCUCUGUGCCCUCCGCGAUGCGCUCCCUGCGCUGCGGAGCCGCGCGGCUGCGGGCGGCGAUGCGCACGCGGCGCUGCACGGCGUAUGAGGCGACGACGCUCGCCGUGCCAAGCACGGCCUUGAACAGCGCAGCCUUGAAUCAAGUGGACCUUCCUAGGCGCUUCAAAGGCAGUGACUUCAACGUGACCGUUUGUCGCUCCACCUGCGACACCUUGGCCGAAAGCGUCGCUCAAGGCAACCAUCACCAUGUAGAAGGCUUGAUGGUGGCUUUGCGUUUGAUGAUGCCCGUCCAGAGCGGCUCUGAACGGGCCUUCGCCAGGCCCCGAGAUGACUUCAUCCUGCGGCCGGAGAUCUUACAGUGGUCCAAACAAGAUUUCCUCGGCGGGUUGGAGGAAAACAUGCGGAUCGUGCAGAGCUGUGAGGCUGCCUUCGCGGAGCUCAUGGCCUCCUACGCCGAGGGUUUUCGAGCGCCGGAGGUGCUGGCGGCAGGUCUGGACCUGGCAGUGGUCUAUUUGAAGAAUUAUUCUCUUGAUAAGGCCGAUACGCUUUAUUCGGCCAUGGAAGCUCACUGUAUGUCACGCGGCCUGCCCUGGGACGUGAAGUUCAUGCAAGACCUUGCUACGCUGCGAUGCAAGCAGAAUCGCCAAGCAGAGGCAGCCAAGCUACUGGAGGCGACUUACGGACCUCAUCCGACCAACUGA